UUGUGGCUGUUCCUAUGUAACUUGCCGAUGUUUGUAUGGUUGACAUUUCAGUAUUUUACCACACCGAGUGGAGAUUUGGGCGCGUACGACCCAGCAGAGAUUCAUAACAGUAGGCAACUCAGAAGACACAUGAGACAUGUUUUGAUCAAUCUUGCAUAUUACUUCAUUUUGUUUUUUAUGUACCUGUAUUGUUUCAUUCUCGCAAUUCUCAAAGGAAAUCCGAUACCUCGCCAAAACGACGACGAGUUUAUAACAGAGAUUAAACCUUAACAUGGCGGAAAACCCACUUCCGCAAGUAAAUGACGACAGCGGGUCUGAUGAAAGUGAGGAAUCGAAUGGACCGGUACUAAGACGUCUUAGAAAGAUUUCGGCUGACAAAUCUACAUUGCCAAGUAACAGACCUAUAUGUAGUAAACUAUCGUUGCCUGAACAUAUAGCAGCAUACUGUGAGAAGCGGGAACUCAUCAGAGAUGAUACACCAAUAUCUUGUGACAAUGCGAUAGUGGAGAAGGCAAUGUCGAAUUAUAUUAUAGCCAAGGAAAUACUGAGCAACCUAUCUUGGCAAGACAAGGGGUUAUGCAAGCAUGUGUGCACUACUUGGAGAUCAGCGGUAAACUCAUUAGUACGGGAGCAUUUCCACUUGGUAGACUUUGUUUAUAACAUGCAACGUAAAGUCUUUGAUCAUGAUAGAUUAAUAAAAUCGAAUGAUUUUCAUAAAGCACCUAUGGCGGUACUUGUGUUUGUGAAUAAUGCUGGGUCGGCUAUGACGGCUUAUUGCAAAGAUAUCAUCCCUUGUCCUUGCAAGACCCCUUGUAAAGCAAAACUACAUUCUAUACUGGAUGUAAUACACCAACGACUUUGUGCUCCAAAGGACUGCAUGUUCACAGUAGUAACAAGCUUCCUGACAUUCAUGCCCUUGCCCAGUUCUGUAACAUAUUCAAAUGUUCUACGUCACUACCAUAAGCAAGGAAGCAAGCCAUUCAUUGGGGGAAUCUACAUUCCCGACAUUCCUAAUGUCCAGUUUCAUGUAUUAAACAUCAAGCAGAAGAAUAGAAACACUAUGGAUUUCCAAGAUGAUUUUUAUGACGUGUUGGAAAAACUGGCUGAGACACGCAUCUUCAAAGGGGUCCUUGUGUAUGCUACACAAUAUUAUAUUUUGCAAUCCUUUGAAGGAAUUACAUUGCUGAAUUAUUUCAAACUAUUGCAACAAGAAAUUCCCUUUGCUUUAGCAGGGUGUAUAAUUGAAGACACAAUACUCCAACAAAGUCAAAUUGAUGAAAUGAUUAAAGGAAUAAAUGACGGCAUCGACUACGCCAGUAAUAACCUCAUUUCUAUUGGAGUUUUCACUAUCCCAAAGAAUGAUGACGGGUCAGAUAAUAGAGAGAAUUACAACUUUGAUAUGUUUUCACUUGUGAUUCAAAAAUGUGAAUGGACCAAGCCUAAGAUUCAGGAGAUUAUCAAUGAUUUUGCAAAGAAAGUACCACACUUCGAGCACAGUGUAGCAUUAAAGUUAUCAUGCAUCGGCAGAGACAAGAAACACGAAAUAGAGCAAGAGUACUUCCGCGUUGCGUUCCCACAGACGCCGCUGGUGGGUUGCUACGGCAACGGGGAAAUCGGUAUCAACCACCCACCAAGAAGCUGUUCCCAUGGUCAAAUGUCUAAACGCGCUCGUCAAGACCCUUUGAAGGACAUGACUUAUUCUUACUCCACUGUUUUCUUGUACAUUGGAUGGGGAAAAAUCUUUGCUGAACCUGAAUCGCCAAACAAGUAGUUCAAUACUACAUAUUAUGUGUAAAGGGAUAGUAUAAUGAAGUUAUAAAGAGAAGGAGUAAGGUAUUAUUGUUACCAUACAAGCAAGCCUAUUUCACAUUUGCAAGUGUCUCACUAUUUAUCACUGACUUCUGUGAGUUCAGAACAUAUCCCAACAGAGCACGAAAUUGACGUGCUUGUAUGGAGAUAUACCACCAUUCUUUUUUAGACUAUACCUAUAUUGUUUAGGUUGCACUCUGUAGAGGCAUGUAGGCACUAUUUAUAUGUUUUGGAGUCUUCACAACUUUUUUUUUCUGAGUGUUCGAUCUUUGUGUUACUUGUUAUAACAAACCAGUGUAGUAAUUUUACAAAAAUAAUUGAAUAUCAAUUCAAUUAAAAUUGAAAAUACAGUGAAUAGCGAUAUUUCUCGCCAGGGCUGGUAGCUGUAAAGGCAUCUAACUGGGUGAUAGAACUUUCAUAGAUUUCUCAUAGAUGGAGCUACGACUAAAACGUCGUUGAAACACCAAAUACAAAGACACGACAAGCACAUAGAAAAAUUCGUGAGGUCCGCUGGUUCGUUCCGUGGCUUAUUUGGUAUGGCGUCUGACACGGUAUGCUAGAAGAUUCGU